UUAAGCCGUUGUAUUUGGCUCAGGCUUUGUAUCAGGUUUUGUAUGAAUGUGAAAAACACAAUUGAUUAAAACUUCAAGGAAGGCAUUUCUUGUGCAAUGAAACUACAGUAUUUUAAGCAUGGCUGGUGUACUAAUAUAUCUUGGAGUCAACCGUAUUUUCAGCUUCAUCUCAACUAAUAUUCUUUGCAUGUCUCUGAACAUCAGUGUCACUAAGAACAAUAUUCCAAACAAUGCUUAUUUAAAAAUGUCAUGACUUUAUUUACUACUUCAUGUCAUUUAUUCUUUUCUAGAGUGAAAUGCAUGAGAUAUCCUUAUCCAAUUCCAUUUACCUUCUUGAGGAACAUGAAGCAUGUUUUUGAAAUAAAUUUGUUUUUGGAUUUGGUCUUCUAAACUGUCACACAUCUGCAUGUUCUGCUUCCAACGAGUUUGUCUGAUUGAUUAAUUGACUCUUUGGUAUGCCUUACUUCUUGGGCUGCUUAAUGUUCAAAUGCAGUUAUUGACAAUGACUGUAGCACAGAGUCUAAUGAAUACAUCUGUAUGUCUCUCAACCGUCAUGGAUGCUGAGUAACUAAUCCAAGAGCCUGUCCCUGUUAUUCUCUUCUUUUCUGCCUGGCUCAAACCCAAAGCCAUCAAGAAGAACCUCUUCCCCCUCCCUAAGUGCCCUUCAAUGGAUCAUUCUGAGUGUGCUCCCUCUGCUUGCCACGGUCAAAUGGAUGCUCCCUCUAAAAUCGCAGGAGAAGGGAGAAAAAAAUCAGAAUCUGGUCAAGGAAAAGUGGAAGCGGCUUCCUCCUCCCCGGAGAGUGGAAGCGCCAAUGGCGAAGGGAAACGCCCUGCAAAAACCCGGCGCCGCCGGAAGCGUUCGUCGAACCCAGAGCUCCAGCUUGAGGGAAAGGCCGGAGGAGCAGCUAAAGGCAGAGGGGAACCGGAGCAGGGGACCUGCCGGGCAGCUGACACUGCCUUGUUUGGCUUGCAGUCAGAAACUGCUUCUGUGUGGCUAGAGAGUAGCGUCUAUGAGCAGGCCGAAGGCCGUUAUCAAUGCUGGCUCGCCCUCUCAGUCAGUCGUGGCACUGAGCCCUACGGAUCCAACACCCCCACUUCCCAGCCUGCCGGGUCCCCACUCCCCCUGCCAAAGGCCAGGCGUUGCCCCAGGAAAAAGCCCAAGCAACUUCCCGUCCCAGAUUCGCUGAGUCUGGCCUGCCCGGCCGCCCGCCCCGCCACGCCCCCCACACCAGACGAAGGAUAUCAGUCGCAACAGCCGACCCCCGCCACCCCGAGCCCAAGAGCGCCCGCACCCCCAAUCAAUGGUCUGCCCCGCCUGGCGGUGGAGCUGCUCCAAGAGGUGUGGCUGGAGAAACCCCUGUACGACCACGCCGAGGCAGCCUUCUAUCAGCAUCUCUACAGCAACACCAACAGCAGUAGCUCCCCCAAAUGGAACAACUCGUACGGUGCCUCGCGCAGCACCGACCACCCGCAGAGCCUCGUCGAAGAGGAGGAAGAGGACGACGCGGGGCCGGCGGAGGGAGAGGGCCAGUUGACCGCGCAGGGCAAGGCCGAGGUCUUUCACGCCCUGCAUCCCAUCCAGGAGGAGGAUGAGCCGGGAGAGGUCGGCGAGGAGCAAGAGGUGUCUGCGGCAGGGAUCCGCUACUUGAUGCACCCAGACAGCGAGAGGGUGUGGCUAGACAAGUGGCGCUACGACGCGGCGGAGAGUCGCCACCACUGUCAGUGUGUGGGCACGACUGCGCUGGUGACAGGGGCUCGGAGGCCUGGCAGGAAGGCCUCCCCGGUGACCUCAAGAACCCCCCCGAGGGACAACACCACCAUGACCUCAGUGGACUUUUUCGCCCAGGACAAAAUCUGGUUUGAGAAACCUCGCUAUGAUGAGGCAGAGAGGCGCUUCUACGAGAAGCAGCCUGGGCCUUCAGAAGAAACCCAGGAUGCAGGAGCUAACAGCAUUCUUCAGGACAUCGCAAGAGCGAGGGAAAACAUCCAGAAGUCUCUAGCAGGAAUGAAGACCACCCUCUGUAUCAGGGGGUCUGGUCAGCCUGCCCUGAACCAUCCAUCCCAGCUCACUACUGGCACGGGGGCCGGGGAUCAAGGGGAACUCGUAUCUCGCAUGAAGACUUUGGAACAGGAGAACCAGAGCCUGCACAAAGUUGUGGAGGACCUGAGGUCAGCCCUGUCCAAGCUGGAGAGUCGAGUGGCAGUUCUGGAGAAGUCUCCGGUUGCAGCUGCGUCGGCGCCCGCUGCCCCCUGCACAAACGGAACUGCAACCAAGCAACAGAAAAGCAGCGCGCCAGUAGACGAGGACGACGAUGACGAGGACGAUGACUUUGAUCUGUUUGGCAGCGACGAGGACGACACAGAAGCUGAGAAAAUCAAACAGCAGCGGGUGACAGAGUAUGCAGCAAGGAAGGCCAAGAAGCCCGCCCUCAUCGCAAAGUCAUCCAUUUUGUUGGACGUCAAGCCUUGGGACGACGACACGGACAUGGGGAAGCUGGAAGAGUGCGUGCGCUCGAUACAGGCAGACGGCCUGCUGUGGGGUGUGUCCAAGUUGGUCCCGGUGGGCUACGGCAUCCGGAAGCUGCAGAUCGCCUGCGUGGUGGAGGACGACAAGGUGGGGACGGAUUUGCUGGAGGAGGAGAUCACCAAGUUUGAGGACUACAUCCAGAGUGUUGAUAUUGCUGCUUUCAACAAGAUCUAAGUGCAGCAUGUGUUUCCUGUCUCCAUCCAUUCUCUCUGCUGAUUGUGAACGCUUCAUGUUCGGUUAAUAAUAAAGACUCUUGCACUUCA